GUGGCAGCCAUGGCUUGUAGACACGGCUUCUCCUCCUGGGUACUGCUCUGCUGGCUGCUGGGGACGGUGGCAAAAGGACAAGAAGUGUUCACCCCUCCUGGAGGCCCACAGAAUGACAUUGACCCUACAGACUGCCAGAUCUUCACACUCACCCCUCCCCCCAUCACGAGGAGUCCAGUGACAAGGGUCCAGCCCAUCACAAGGACACGCAGGCCUCCCUUCCUCCCUUUCCCACCGAGAAGACCCAGAAUCUACUUUAGGUUUCCAAUCAGACCUUUCUUUCCUCCAAAGUGCAGCCACCGUUUUCCGUUCCAGCCAUUUGACUGGCCACGAGAUCGCCUUCCUCCUCACAGAUAUUUCCCCAGAAGGAGACUCCGAAGAGGAAGCUCAUCUGAGGAAAGCUAAAGAGAAGAGAAACCCAAACUUACUGAAGCAAAAGAAGCCAAUCCCUCAGAGAAGGCAAGAAAAAGAUUUAUUUUCUCUUUCCAAGCUAAAACUACUUGAAAAAUUUGAAGAUUAAGUAUCCUAAACACCAUCAGCUAGAGAUUGUUCUCAUCAGCAGCGAAGAUGCUGGAUUAUAGGCUAUUUAUGAGUACAAAAGAGGGCAGUAAACAUGUUCUUAUCCUCAAAUUUUUAUGGCCAUUAAAUAUUUAUGCAAAUAAAAUCUUUAAAUGGGUGGUUCCAAUGAUUCCUAUCCAUAAUCAACCUCCUCUUCUACAUUAAAAGAGCAUUUAAAUAAAAUGAGAUCAUUACAAACCAAAUGAAGACACUAAUGACAUGCUCUUUUAUACUCAGUGGAAAACUUAAAGAACAAGGUACAUUUACAAAGUGAACUUUUAAAAAAAUUAUAAAGCUUAAAGCAAAAAAAGUUAUGGGGAAAUCUGGCUAUCGAUAAAACUUUAAAGAUAUAAACUGAAUUAUUUAACCCAAAUAUUUUUUAACUGUAGUAUCUAAAUUGACUUUAAUGUUAACUUUUUAGACAACCAGUGCAAAUUAUCUCACGAUUUCUCCUAUUAUCAUAUAGAUACUGGCUAAAGUGAUAUACUGCCCCUCAAUGUGGCUGCAGGCUCAAAAGCCAAUUAAACGGUUACACAAAUGUUCUGGUAAUUCUGGAACUUUACAGACAUAGUUCAUUCAACUUUGGGAACCUUGCAUUUUCAGGAUGCAAUCUGAGAAACAAAUCCUGCAGACUGCAUUCAUUGGUUAUUUGGCCACUGUAAAAAUUCUGCCUCCUAUUUAUGCCACUCCUCUUGCCUGUCACCUAGGAACUUUGGAUUUGCAUACAGGGUCAGUGGCUUGCAUUUUUCCCUCUCAAGAACUGUAUGCAAAAACUGCUGCUGCUGCUGCUGCUGCUGCUGCUACAAAGAAAGAAAAAAUAAUAGCACAAAGACAAAAGGACUCUGGGAAUGGUUGCCUGGGAAAAGGAGAGAGAGAUGAAAUCAUCAUGCUGCACUGCCUUCCUAUAUUAAAUAAUAAAAAGAAAAAAACUCUUUCACUUACUUCAUAGCCAAUAUUUAUUAUAAGAACAGAUAUUUGCUUCAAAUUUACAGGUUUAAAUAAAAACCUUUUUGAAAUCUUCAUCAACAAACUAUAUUUUAGGCUCAUGCCUGUAAUUCUAGCACUUUGGGAGACUGAGGAAGGGAAGAUCGCUUGAGGCCAGGAGUUCAAGACCAGCCUGAACAAGGGUGGGACCGCAUCUCUGUUAAAUGUAGAAGAAUCAGCCCAGCGUGGUGGCACAUGCCAGACUAAUGUUCAAGUUUCCAUUCAUUGUGAAGAUCAACUUACAUUGCGCUACUUACAUAGACAUCAUACUUGAAAACUACGUUUCCAAUUAAUUCCAAAGAUGUUCAGAGUCCUUAUUCAACUGGCAUUCUUGGAAGUGGCCUCAUCAGACUCCCUGCCACUCUGCCUUUACCCAUCUGCUUACGUUUCAUUUCUUGUGGCAAAUUCACUUUCAUAACUCUCCAGCUUCUUUUACUCCUCCCCACCAGCCCCCAUGUUCCCACAGCCUAGACUUCCUCUAGCCACUGGCUCUGCCUUGCUGACCUGAGUCACCAGCUAUCUGCUGACAGUAGGGAAGCCCCUAUAGAAUCACAGAGACUGUGGAGGUCACGUGCAUUGGACUUCUUCUGCUCCCAGUUAGAGUGUUUAACUAACAAUGUCCACUAAGGGAGAGCCACUCUGCUAUUAUAAUACAAUUCUCCUUGGCCACUCUUGGGAAGUUCAAAUAAAUUAAGCAUUUCUUAAACACUAUACCCCUAAAAACAGGAAAAGAAGACCAUUUAUUGGAUGCAUGGACAAAAAGGAAGAGAUGAUACCUCUCAGGUAAAACUGAUCACAGAUUGUAGCAUUUUCCCCCUUGGAAUGGAAACGGCUUAGUGAGUGGGGCUUUACUGCCAUCUCCAGGAUCGUGGCUUGGCAGCACUGGGCAAUCCUGGCUGGAGCCAAAGGAGUUAGGGUGUCAUCCUAGUGAAAUGGAUGUGAGGCCAACCGCAACAACCCCAGACCUCAGAUCUUUCAUAGCUUCUCUUAAAUAACUCCUGUCCAUCCAAGCAGAACUGGCUGCUCCUUCAUCCUUCAACCCUAGGACUGAGAAGUAUCUAUCUCUCAUUGGCUUAUUUCCUCCCAAGAUCCAAUAAGAGAAAGGGGACCUGACCACUGACUUAAGUGUAAUUUAAAAAUACAUUCUUCUGGCGGGUUGCAUUUCCCCAAAAUAAUUUUUGGGCCAAAUCAUAUUAUCUGAAUUGGGUGUUUGCCUUUGUUUUCAGUGGUAGGAAAAAAACAUCUACAAAGAACAAUCUCCAAUACCCGAGCUAAAAUCUGCUUUACCUUUUUCUUUAAACACCUUAGUAUCUUUUAUUCACAGAAGGAAUUCAAAUGGCUAAAAAAAAAAAAACCAGAAAAAUAAAAAAAUAGAUAUGAAAAUAUGUGUAACCUCAGUAGUUAUCAAGAAAAUGUAAACCAAAGCAAGAUAAUUUUCACCCAUCAAACUGGCCAAAAUGGAAAUUUAAUAUUAUCUAAUAUGUGAAAAUAGAUUUUUUUCAAUUACUGUUGGUGGGAAUAUAAAUUGGUACGGCCUUUUUGGAAGACAAUUUGGCAGAAUCAAUCAAAAUCUGAAACGGAGUAUACCUUUUGCAGUUUCAAAACAGCCACCCCUAGUGAGCACUGUGAUGUUUUCUCCAAUGUCCAUUCUGAGCCUGCACUGCUUCGCAGGAGCCAAGUGGUUCCACACACAGGCUGCGAUUGGCCUAAACCAACUGGCAUGAUCCCGCUUCCCUCUGCUCCCAUUAUUACCUCGGGCAAGGGAAUUGAACAGAGGCCCAAGGCCCAGUGCCGUCAGUUUCUGCCAUUCUCCUGGGUAUGGUGAUUGAUUCAGGGAUGGCAGUAUCUAAAUUAGGCUCAGUGAGAGUAAAGUGAAGUUUUGUUUAAUGGCUGGGGAACUCCUGACCUUCUCCUCUGGAAGUGAAUCAGAAAGCAUAUAGCUCCAGGAAUCUAAGCUCCCAAAAUUUACGCCAUACAAAUUUUUUUAAAUUAAUUCCAGAUCUAAGUAAUCAUGACCACAUAUUUAUUUAAACACUCAUCGUUCUAUCAUUGAUUGACACUGAGUAAAUUCCUUAAACUUUCUAAGCCUAUUACUUUGCCUAUAAAAUAUGAAGAACAUUCCUACUUUCAGAGAGUUAUUAUUACUACUGUCACAUAGAAAUCACUGUGCUAGACAAAGUGGAACAAAAGUAGAUAAAUAAGGUGUGGUUUCCAAUAUUUUGAGACACUGAAAAUUUAUCGAGGCGCCAGGUGUUGUUCUUGCCUAUGUGCCUGCAGAAUUUGGCCCUAACUCUUCUCAAGGGUCUAGGAGCAACUUAAUGUCUUUCAAUAAAUGCCUUUUCUACUUAAAAAAAAAAAUAGUGAGGGAAA